AUGCUUUUCAACGCUGCUGCCUCUACUCUCUUCCUGGCUGGCUCUGCCUUUGCCGCCGUCAUCCAGCGGGACGUCCCCGCCGUCAAUGAAACGGCCGAUGCCAUUGACUUUAUCGUCGACGCGCCCCUGGCCGUGUCCUUGGGCCCGUUCCUGAGCCUCAUCGAGACCAUCGAUGCGGUGCCCGACUCGGUUGUGGCCGCCGGCGACGACGCCGUCCACAACUGGCUCGCCCCCAUUGGCGCCUCGGCCGUGGCGGCCAUCCCCGCUCCCAAUGCCGCGGUCGUGGUCCGCAGCACCGACGCCACCAAUGCCGCCGAUGCGGCAGACACGACGGCCGCCGUCCAGGCCGUCAACGGCCUCGUCAAGGACCUCGAGUGCGCCGCUGCCGUGGCGGCGGCCAUUGCCGGCGACGUCCUGCCCGCGGCCAAGCUUCUCAAGGCCAAGAAGCUGGUCAAGGCCCUCGGCGGUGUCAAGAAGGUCGCGAAGCUCUUCCUGCACUUUAGCAGCAACCGCGACGAGGCCAUCAAGGAGGCCGGCAAGACCCUCGUCGACCUUGUCGAGAUCCUCCUGGGCAUUGACAGCAUCAAGAAGCACUGCAAGUAA